CGUGCAGCCCCCUUCUUGGCUGCUUCGCUGGCUGAUCUCCCACCCUUUGAUCCAAUCUUGGUGGAAGGUCGUCCAUCGGUCCCCGGACCCAAUCCCCACCCUCCAUUCAAUCUCCUCUAUUAGCUUCUACCGCCCUCAACCGUUCCACAUCGCACAUCCAUCCGCCAUGAAACCACCACCCCACCACCCUCUCCUCCUCGCCAUCCGCCACCGCCGCCGCCGCCGCCACCACCACCGCCACCGCCACCGCCAGCUCUCCUCGUCCUCUGCUGACGCCGUGGCCGCAGCUGAGGUUCUGGGGACGCUCACCAGCGCGCCUUCACCUGACGCGUCGCGCGACCUCGAUUGCCUACUCCGCCGCCUAGGCGACCGCGGUCUGGCAUCCGCCCUCUCAUCCCUUCCUUCCCCCCUCCCUGCGGCGUCCGCCCUCCGCCUCCUUCACCACCUUGUUUCCAACGAUCCCUCCUCCUCCAGCCACGGCCACGGCCACGACCACGACCUCCUGUCCCCCCGCGUCUCCGCGCUCCUCCUCCCCUCCCUCGCGGCCGAUCGCUCCACACUCCCCUCCGCUCGCCGCCUAAUCAAGCGCCUCCUACAUCACCACCCCCUCCACACUGCCGCAGCGGCUGUGGCCGACGCCUCCUCCACUCCCUCAUCGGAUUUACUCCUCAGCACCUUCCUCAACUCCUCCGCACGCGGUUCCCUCAGGGGUGCCACGGACGCCUUCCAUGUGCUCUCUUCCCGGGGCGCUUCGCCCAACGUUAAGAUCUGCAAUAUGCUCCUUGAAGCUCUUGCACGCGCUGGCCAGCUUGACGCCGCUUGCAAGGUGUUUGCUGAAAUGCGUGAUCGUCAGAACGUCACUCCGAAUGCAUACUCAUAUACCUCUAUGAUCAAGGCCCUUUGCAGGGCUGGAAAGGUGGACGACGGUCUUAAGAUGCUUGCAGAGUUAGUUCAUGCUGGGCUGCAGCAAUGUGCUGGUGUAGUGCCAUACAAUCUGCUGAUGGAUGGACUUUGCAAGAGUGGAAGAGUAGACGAGGCUUUUCGGUUGAAGGAGAGGAUGGAAGAGAGCAAGGUGACUCCGAGCGUGGUCACGUUUGGCAUUCUGAUCAAUGGUCUUGCAAGAAGUCAGCGCUUUGGGGAGGUUGGUGCAGUGUUGCAGGACAUGGCUGGGUUAGGAAUCACCCCAAAUGAGAUCAUUUACAAUGAGCUUAUUGAUUGCCAUUGUCGGAAGGGGCAUUUCUCAGAAGCAAUCAGGUUGUUUGAUGAAAUGCUCCCAAAGGAGAUGAAGUCAACAGCAGUGACUUACAACUUGAUUGUUAGAGCUCUAUGCAAGGAAGGGGAGAUGGAGCGUGCUGAGAAGAUAUUGGAGGAGAUGUUUUCGACUGGGAUGGUAGUUCAUUUUGGUUUGUUUAAUUCAGUGGUUGCAGGGCUUCUCCAAAGGACUGGAAGUUUGAAGUCUGUGGUAAGGCUUAUAAGCGAAAUGAUUAUAAGAGGUAUGCGACCAAAUGAUGCUCUCAUGACAGCUUGUGUGAAGCAGCUUUGCAAGGGCGGGAAACACCAAGAAGCAGUUGGAAUUUGGUUGAAGAUGUUGAAGAAAGGUUUAUCUGUCAAUAUUGCAACUUCUAAUGCAUUGGUUCAUGGGCUUUAUGAGGGGAAGAACAUGGAAGGAGCUACUGAGGUUCUAAGGACCAUGGUUAAUAAGGGGCUUGAACUGGAUAGCAUCACUUAUAACAUAAUGAUACUAGGUUGCUGCAAAGGCGAUAAAAUAGAUGAAGCAAUUAAACUCCGUGAUGACAUGAUCAGAAGAGGGUUUAAGCCUAAUAUUUUCACGUUUAAUACAAUACUACAUGCUUAUUGCAUUUUGGGUAAAAUGGAAGAGGCCAUUCACCUGCUGGAUCAGAUGAAAAUUGAGGGACUUCGGCCAGAUAUAGUGUCAUAUGGCACUGUAAUAAAUGGAUAUUGUAAAAUAAAGGAUAUUCAUAAAGCAAAUGAAUAUUUGACUGAACUGAUGACCUGUGGAUUAGAACCAAAUGUAGUAAUCUAUAAUGCACUUAUUGGUGGUUAUGGCAGAGUUGGUAACAUUUCUGGUGCAAUUGAUGUCCUUAACACUAUGAAGUCUACUGGCAUAAGACCAACUAAUGUAACUUACUGCAGUCUUAUGCACUGGAUGUUCCAUGCUUAUCUUGUUGACGAGGCGAAGACCAUGUUUGAACAAAGCAGAGAAAACAGCAUUGAGGUGGGAGUAAUUGGCUACACAAUUAUGAUACAUGGUUUUUGCAAAAUAGGAAAAAUGGAUGAAGCUAUGAAUUACUUGGAGCAAAUGCGAUCCAGGGGUUUACCUCCAAAUAAGUUUACUUAUACCACUCUGAUGUAUGCCUAUUGUAAAUCUGGUAAUGACGAAGAAGCCUCCAAGCUUUUUGAUGAGAUGCUGAGCUCAGGAAUUGUUCCUGACAACGUUACUUACAAUACACUAGUUACAGGGUUUUCUCAAGUGGAUCCAUUGGACAAGGCUACAGAACUGCCUGCUGAAAUAUCAAGUGUUUUGACACAGAAUGAUUGUUUGUACAAUGCAUUAGUUAAUAGGAUAACCACACCUUGGUGCCAGAAAGAAGCUACUUCCAGUGAAUGAUGUUUGAUUAAGGAACCAUAAGGAAGACUGUUUCUGAACAGACCCAUCCAAGCAUGAAAGGGAACUAGAGAGACCACAGAGGCCCUUGCCUUGCUAUUGGCUAGAUAGCUUUCUCAUCUAGCAGGAACAUCAACCGAGUCCAUUCAUCUCUUAUCUUGGACAGCUAUCCAACAGCAGCAGGUCGCGCUUAAAGUUUAUUUAUGGUAUUGUAUAGUUGCUCAUCAAGCUGCUACCUUGUGGCAUGUGGGGGUGCCCAACAGAAGCACCAGAUUGCCUUGAAGGUUCAUAAUUGCCUAACUUUGAUUGGCAAUGACAACACCUUGAUUGCCUCUCAGUGGAUAGAUGAUGACUGAAAGGAAUUACCUGCUUCAAGUUACAGAAGGGUUCCCCGCCGCUGCUCCUUCUCUCCAACUUCAAUCGCCACACCGAUCCCUGACAUGAGGAGCGUGACCCCAUUCGGGGAGAUUUGCACACCUGUCUCCAUUGGAACGCUCAAGGAGGCGCAUCUCGGCCACCGUCAAGGCCACCGCCGCCACCUGUGGGUGUAACGAGGUGGGGGAGGAUCUCCAGUGCUGAGGCGCCGGGAGGAGGAGACGCCAUGGUGCCUACAUUGCGCUCGCUGCUGACGGGGGUCGGCGAGGACGAGUGUUGGGAGGGGUUGAUCAGCAUUACGUCGAGGGCGAGACGUCGACGCUGGUGUCGGCAACCGUGACCACGGCCAGGGGAGUGAGGCGCCAACGACCAUGACAUCGACCAUGCUGGCCCCUUGUCUUUCGCACCUGCCGCAAUCUGGUUCAGGCAGCUGCCAUUCAAAUCGACCCCGUCCAGCAACCUUCAGUUUGCCGUUUUCGUACGAUACUAUGAUGCAUGAGUUCAUGAAGCAAGCAAAAGAAUCUAUCUCAAAAUUUUGUGUUCCAACCUAUAACAAUUCAACAACUGUCGAGUGCUGACUUUGGAUUGCUGACAAGACAAAGAAUAAUCCUCGUUUGCUGACUUUGAGCACUGAAGUAUGUGAAUUUUGUUCUCAUGGAUUUCUGCAAAUAUGAGAAAUUUUCAUUUUCUUACUGAUGUUAUGGUACGGCUAUAUAAAUCGAAAUUUCAGCUCAUUUUCUGCUUGUGCAGUUUGUUUGGAAGUGUACAUGUAUUUGAAAUUAGAGAUAUAACUGAUAUUAGUAGUGUGUAUGUGAUCCUUUGAAUACCAGUUA